UCGUGGGCGACGGCCGUGCUGUGGCUGUGGCGGCGGCGGUGGCUGGAGUGGCGGCAGGGGCAGCGGCGGCGGCGGCGGCGGAGCCCAGGAGGCAGCGGCAACGGCAGCGGCAGCCUUGAGGCGGCUGAGGCGGUCGCGGCGGCGGGUGCUCGGGAGUCGGGCGGCCUCCAGCGUUUCCCGCCGGGCCUGGCGCUGAGGCGGCUGCCUUUUCCUGCCCGCUGCUUGGUCAGGGCCCUGGCCAGGGCAGGGCUGCGCGCCCGGGGAGGGCGGAGCAGAGACAUAUAAGAAAUUUCUUCACAACUGGACAACUGAAGACCUGUUAUUUUGGAUUUGCCUUAAGCAGACUUAAUAGCCAUAGGAAACCUCACAGAGUUCUGGAUUUUGCUUUCUGCUUUAUAUUUUUCCUGGAACCUUAGUUCAUCUUGCAACCAUGUAUGGGAGUGCUCGCUCUGUUGGGAAGGUAGAACCCAGCAGCCAGAGCCCUGGGCGGUCUCCCAGGCUUCCCCGUUCUCCUCGCUUGGGACAUCGUCGAACCAAUAGUACAGGAGGGAGUUCUGGAAGCUCUGUUGCAGGUGGCAGUGGGAAGACCCUUUCAAUGGAGAACAUCCAGUCCUUAAAUGCUGCCUAUGCCACUUCUGGCCCCAUGUACCUAAGUGACCAUGAAAAUGUGGGUGCAGAAGCACCCAAGAGCACCAUGACCCUGGGCCGUUCUGGAGGACGUCUGCCUUACGGUGUUCGGAUGACUGCUAUGGGCAGUAGCCCGAAUAUAGCUAGCAGUGGAGUAGCUAGUGACACCAUAGCUUUUGGAGAACAUCACCUCCCUCCUGUGAGUAUGGCCUCCACUGUACCUCACUCUCUUCGUCAGGCAAGAGAUAAUACAAUCAUGGAUCUUCAGACGCAGCUAAAGGAAGUGCUACGGGAAAAUGAUCUCUUACGGAAGGACGUAGAAGUCAAGGAGAGCAAAUUGAGCUCUUCAAUGAAUAGCAUCAAGACCUUCUGGAGCCCGGAGCUCAAGAAAGAACGAGCCCUGAGGAAAGAUGAAGCUUCCAAAAUCACUAUUUGGAAAGAGCAGUAUAGAGUUGUGCAGGAGGAGAACCAGCACAUGCAGAUGACAAUCCAGGCCCUCCAGGAUGAGCUGAGAAUCCAGCGGGACCUGAACCAGUUGUUCCAGCAGGACAGCAGCAGCAGGGCUGGCGAGUCAUGCCUAGCAGAGCUGACAGAGGAGAACUUCCAGAGGCUGCAUGCUGAGCAUGAGAGGCAGGCCAAGGAGCUCUUCCUGCUCCGGAAGACUCUGGAAGAGAUGGAGCUCCGCAUUGAGACUCAGAAACAAACUCUGAGUGCUAGGGACGAAUCCAUCAAGAAGCUUCUAGAAAUGCUGCAGAGCAAAGGCCUCUCUGCUAAGGCAACCGAGGAGGACCAUGAGAGGACACGGCGACUGGCGGAAGCAGAAAUGCAUGUCCACCACCUGGAAAGCCUUUUGGAGCAGAAGGAAAAAGAGAACAACAUGUUGAGAGAGGAGAUGCAUCGGAGAUUUGAGAAUGCUCCUGAUUCUGCCAAAACAAAAGCUCUGCAGACUGUUAUUGAAAUGAAGGACUCAAAAAUUUCUUCUAUGGAACGUGGGCUCCGGGACUUGGAAGAAGAAAUUCAGAUGUUGAAGUCUAAUGGGGCUUUGAGCACUGAGGAACGAGAGGAAGAGAUGAAGCAGAUGGAGGUCUAUCGGAGCCACUCUAAAUUUAUGAAAAAUAAGGUAGAGCAACUGAAGGAGGAACUAAAUUCGAAAGAGGCUCAAGGGGAGGAGCUGAAAAAGAAAGCGGCUGGUCUUCAGGCUGAGAUUGGUCAGGUGAAGCAGGAGCUGUCCAGAAAGGACACAGAACUACUAGCUCUCCAGACAAAGCUAGAAACACUCACAAAUCAGUUCUCAGACAGUAAGCAACACAUUGAAGUAUUAAAGGAGUCCUUGACUGCAAAGGAGCAAAGAGCUGCCAUUCUACAGACUGAGGUGGAUGCACUUCGAUUACGUUUGGAGGAGAAGGAAACUAUGCUGAAUAAGAAGACAAAGCAAAUUCAGGAUAUGGCUGAGGAGAAGGGAACUCAAGCUGGAGAGAUACAUGACCUCAAGGACAUGCUGGAUGUGAAAGAGCGGAAGGUUAAUGUUCUUCAGAAGAAGAUCGAAAAUCUUCAAGAGCAACUUCGAGAUAAGGAAAAGCAGAUGAGCAGCUUGAAAGAACGAGUCAAAUCCCUGCAGGCUGACACCACCAACACUGACACUGCCUUGACAACUCUGGAGGAAGCCCUUGCAGAGAAAGAGCGGACAAUUGAACGCUUAAAGGAACAACGAGACAGAGAUGAGCGUGAGAAGCAAGAAGAAAUUGAUAACUACAAAAAGGACCUGAAAGACUUGAAAGAAAAAGUCAGCCUCUUGCAAGGAGACCUUACAGAGAAAGAGGCUUCACUCUUGGAUCUGAAAGAGCAUGCUUCUUCCCUGGCUUCCUCAGGAUUGAAAAAGGACUCAAGGCUUAAGACACUCGAAAUUGCUUUGGAGCAAAAGAAAGAGGAGUGUUUGAAAAUGGAGUCACAGUUGAAAAAGGCACAUGAGGCAACAUUGGAAGCCAGAGCCAGUCCAGAGAUGAAUGAACGAAUACAACAAUUAGAGAGAGAAAUUGCUAGAUACAAAGAUGAAUCUAGCAAGGCCCAGGCAGAAGUUGACCGCCUCUUGGAAAUCUUGAAGGAAGUGGAAAAUGAGAAGAAUGACAAAGAUAAGAAGAUUGCUGAGUUGGAAAGGCAAGUGAAGGACCAGAAUAAGAAAGUAGCAAAUCUGAAGCACAAGGAACAGGUUGAAAAGAAGAAGAGUGCCCAGAUGCUCGAAGAAGCUCGGCGGAGGGAGGAUAAUCUCAAUGACAGCUCCCAGCAGCUACAGGACACUCUUCGUAAGAAGGAUGACAGGAUUGAAGAGCUGGAAGAAGCACUAAGAGAAAGUGUACAGAUAACUGCAGAGCGAGAAAUGGUGCUAGCACAAGAGGAAUCAGCCAGGACCAAUGCUGAAAAACAGGUGGAGGAGCUACUAAUGGCCAUGGAGAAGGUCAAGCAAGAAUUAGAGUCCAUGAAAGCAAAACUGUCCUCCACACAGCAGUCCCUAGCUGAGAAAGAGACUCAUCUGACCAACCUUCGUGCAGAGAGGAGAAAACACUUGGAAGAAGUUUUGGAGAUGAAGCAAGAAGCACUUCUGGCUGCCAUUAGUGAAAAAGAUGCCAACAUAGCUCUUCUGGAACUUUCAUCCUCUAAGAAGAAGACGCAAGAGGAAGUGGCUGCACUAAAGAGGGAGAAGGAUCGUCUGGUGCAGCAGCUCAAACAACAGACACAAAAUCGAAUGAAGCUAAUGGCUGACAACUAUGAGGAUGACCACUUCAGAUCCUCUCAUUCCAGUCAAACCAAUCACAAACCCUCCCCAGACCAGAUUAUCCAGCCCCUUUUAGAACUUGACCAAAAUAGAAGCAAAUUAAAGUUGUAUAUUGGACACCUGACAGCCCUCUGCCAUGACCGAGACCCCCUGAUUCUUCGAGGACUCACGCCACCAGCCUCCUAUAACCUGGAUGUUGGCCAGGCAGCCUGGGAGAGUGAGCUGCAGAAGAUGACCCAGGAGCAGCUUCAGAACGAGCUAGAGAAAGUGGAGCGGGACAACGCGGAGCUACAGGAGUUUGCCAACACCAUCCUCCAGCAGAUCGCUGACCACUGCCCAGACAUCCUGGAGCAGGUGGUCAACGCCCUGGAGGAGUCGUGCUGACCCCUCCCACCCUGCACAUGGGGCACCCACCCACACCCAGGCCAGCCCAGGAGCUGGGCUGCAUACACCCCAGUGUGCAGCCAGGCACCUCCCUCCCUCUGCCCUGACUCUGCUUCCUGCUCUGGGCUGACACUCUUGGCCACCAUGGAGGGAGGAGCUACCCAGCCUGGGGUACAGACUGGAAGCUGGUGGCCCCACCCAUCUGGGAACACUCACUCUGCCCAAGGAAGGACGAAUGUGCAGUGAGAGCACUGGCCAGCCCAGCAUCUGCCCAGAUCCUGACAGCUCGAGGGAGCCGUCUCAAGGGUCCUCACACCACAGCAGGUGCUUUCUCCUUAGAAGAUGAGUAAUCAGUCUCAGAAGGGGGUUGGAAGAGAGGAUGGGCUCUUCUUAUUGUUUCCCAGGCAUGGUGUCUCUUGCAAGAGUAGCUAUGAGCUGGCCUCAGUGUGUCUUAGGGCCAUGGUCUUCCCAGUCUCUCCAUCUCUCCAUCUCUCCUUCUCUCUGUCUCCUCUCCAUAGUCAGUGAGCAGGAGGGCAGCAUGGAGAUGCCUUCCCAGCCCUCCUUGUCUGACAUUUUGCUCUCUCAUGCAUAAGCCUAUCAGAAUGCACAGCUCCCCUCAGAGAGAAGGGUUUGCUGCUGCUCUGUUUCUGUGGGGCAUGACGGUUCCUUGAAGCCAGGCUGGCUUCUCCUAAGCAUCUCUUUCCAUUCCCUGCAGCCAGGAGCCCCUAGAAAAUGCAUCUGCCUGCCCACCCCUGGAACCCAAACUCCUGCAGCCUGAGGUCACAGAGGCUCCUGACACAGCUCCUGCCAUGUCCCAUCAUGUCCACAUCCCACCACAUCCAUUCGCUCAGCUGUACUCUACACCUGUUGCCUACAAACUCCUUCUGGCACAAAUGAAUGUUUCUCACCCUACACAUUCCUCCCUAUACCCUGUCAUUCAUUGUUUCCAUGAAGUGCCUACAGUAUGCACACUCCCCCAAGUAACCAUCCUCAAGAUAAGUCUCCAGGGCAGGUGUUUCUGUAAGGCUUCUGGUACAUCCCACUUCCCUGCCUAACAGGUCUUUUCUAGAGAAGCCCUUCCCAGGUCACCUUUCUCAUUUCUGUCUGUAAUGGACCAGCUGAGACCCUGGGGUGUGUUGUCCACUUGUGCAGGACCCCACUUCAUGACCAAGGGUUCUUGUCUGUUACUCUCAUCCUGGGAAUGUGGGUGGACACUUUUUUUGUUGUUGCUGUUGUUUUGUUUGUUUUUUACAUUUGUGGACACUUUAUGGAAUAUGGUUGGCUUCCUACUCUCAGUCUGAAAAUUGAUCCCCAACUUGCAAAUCUAGCUGAUGGUAUUGGCAUUUUGAAGGCCACUUGUCCUGGGCAUAGAUAACAAUGGCCUCAAGUAAAGAGGCACUGAGAAGCUGGCCACUUGAUCCCGACCCAGCCUUUUGGCCACCUCUCCUGCCAGACACCUCUUCUGAUAAGAUUUGCUACACUGAAUGUUUCUGGCUUGUGUUUUCUCCUUUUCUCUUCCCUGAUUAUUUGCCCAAAGAGCCUGAUGCUGCCUGUAAAGUCACCACAGCCGUGGGUCCCAUAUUUUCUCACCAGCCCCAACUGUCAAGCUUUCCCUAUGAAGGGUCAUGGGGGUGCUGCUCGGGGCUCAUCGAGCUCCUUCCUCGAAGCUUGAUGGGCAGGGCCAGAGGCUUACAGAACUAGGUAGUGAGCCAGUGAUGCCCUUGGCCCCAAUUCUUACUUCAGUGAUCCCUUUACACUUGGGGACCAGGGUAUCGGGCUCUCAAUCUGUGUACCAUGAUGCAGAUCACACCCCCCCUAGGACCACAGCACUGCAGAGAAAGCAGGACAGAAACCCAGCCCACAGAUGAGGGCAGGGCUGGCCCAAAGCUGUUCUCAGGCUGCUUUGACAAGCAGCUCACCCUGCACCCACCAACUCAGUUUUUAAAAUAGAAUUAUUUAUUAAUGAGAGAAAGCCAGAGCACUCUCGAAUAUAUGAUGCUGGGGAUCAAACUCAGAACCUCAUGCCUGAGAGUCCAAUGCUUUAUCUGCUGUGCCACCUCCCAGACCAGUCACAUUUCAUCAUCAAUUCACCUGCUGCUCCUGCCCACCUUGGUGUAUGAUUCUCACUGAACUUCCUUCAGUCUUCUUUCAACCCUCCUAUUGCUUUCUCUCCAGAACUGUGUGAGUCCUUUAGACAAGGUCUUGGGAGAAGAAGGAUAGUUAGGGGUUGGAGGUAUAGACAUCUCCCUGUUCUCUGUGAGCCAUCAUGGGGCUUCCCAUUGGCCCCAAAUGGCCAUCUGGUACCCCAAAAGGGGGGAGGGAUUCUUGCUCUGAAUGAAAAUGGGCUUUACCUUCUACUUCCAGUGAAAAUGACCUUCCUGUCAUGUCCUAGGGGCGAGGCUAACCCAGUUUCUAGCACUUAGAAUUGUUUCCUAAAUUUCUGUCAUUUAACAAGUGAACAGUGUCCAUCAUACAAAGCCUUGUUCUGUAACCAGCUUCAUACUUUUAUGGUUUCAUGGGAAUAUGCCACCUACUUCUGCAAAAUUUCAUGUAGGUCUCCUGUAAUCUCACCUGCUCAUUAGUUCCACUGGAAUUCUUACUGCUCUAUAUCAAGAGAUCUGUACCCCAAACAGAAAGGGGUACAGAUCAGAUUCAGAUGCUGUGUCAAGAACUUGACAAGAGGUGAACAAGAGUAGGUGGACUCCAGCCUAGAGUUCUUGGACUGAAUAUAUACAUAUUCAGCAUGGCUUUCAUCUUUCCGUUCACCUCUUGUCAAGUUCUUGACACAGCAUCUGAAUUGAAAUGUGUGAGGACCUGCACACUGCGACAUGGAAAGGCCUUGAAACCAGUGCCCCCUAAUCCAUCUCUGCUCUAAGCUUUGACCGUGUUCCUGACCAAGUAGGGCUCUGAGUGCUUCUCUCUCACCCACACAUGAGCUUCAGACCCCCACAGGUGCCCAGGCGGCUAGGGGACUCGGCAUUUCCUGUCAGUGAGAGUUCAGCUGAUUUCCACAAGGAGCUCCUGGCUUGCCCACUCCUCUGAGCAGAGGACGAGGAAUCAUUGUCAGUCAGUUGGCCCCUGGACUUAGUUACUCCUCUCCUGAUUAUCAACAGUGGUGUUUGGAUCUGCUGCUAGAGUCCUGCUGAGCCCGGCCACCCCCACUGCUUGAGCACCCUGGGGUGUCUGAGGAGAACAGGUGCAGGAGGCCAUCCCUGUGGAGCCCGUGGCCUCAGGUGCCAUGGUAGAGGGGCGAGGUGGAGCAGGGCUCCCCAAGGCCAAGCUGCCCAUCACUGCCAGCCCCAGGCUUCUCAGGACAAGACUGAUCCACUCAAGCAAGCAUUUUUUAAGAGAAUGUGGGUGCUCCCUUCUAUGAACUGAGGGAGUAUCUGGGUAAGAAAAACUACACGCUACAGGGAAAUCUUUCUGAACAAAAUGGCUGUCUUUACUGAACUCUUUUUAAGAAAAAAUUGUUCCCAAAAUUUUUGAGUGUCCAAACUGUAACCAAGUGUCUCCCAAUUUUUCCAUUGUGUUUGGUGAGUGUUGUGACCCUGUUCCUUGAAGGGAGAGGUGGUGGCAGGGGCUGAUUUGGAGGAGCGGUUUCACCCCACCCCACAUCCUCUCUUCCUUUGCUUGUCAAUAUUGUCUGUGUGGUUCCAAAAACUGGGGCAGUUACAUUGUGUCCAUUGUUGAGAUUAUUAUGAUAUUAAACAGUAGUUGUAGACCUGAAAAAAUUAAGAGCUGUGUUUUAAGACAUACAAACCAAUAUCAUGUUAAUAAAGGAAUUCAAGUUCCGGGGUGUACCCCCCUUCCCCAUUAGUUCAGGCGGCCACCAGCCACUCUGCAGACAAUGACUAGGGCAAGAGACACAGGUUCUGGGUGUCAGAGUCUCACUUAUGCCAGAGUUUUCUCACAUCCACCAGCCUCAGAGAGGCUACAGAGUCUGGCUGGUAACCACCAUCACCCCCACCCUGCCCAGCUCAGAUGCCUACUCCCUGGGGUGACCUAGGGGGAGGCCAAGGCCGAGAAACCUGCGUCCUGCCCACUUGGUGCUAAAUCUGCCACCCAUGGCCUCUUCUGCACUCAGACACCACUGUCCAGGCAACUGAGUCCUGGAAUCAGCUUCCUCUGGCUUCAGCCCCUCAGCCCUUAUCCUCCAGCUCCUCCUAGGCCCUGUCUUCCAGCCAGACUGUCCCUUUAAGCCCAGAGAAGCAAACCCAGAAGACAGGCCAGGCCCUGCCCGCCCUCUGACCUACACCAGUAUUGCCCUCUGUGCAACAAGCCCCCUGCCCCCCGCACUUCAGGGGAGCCCUGGGGAGCUGGCACUGGCUCCUCACAGCUUGAGUUCCUUUCGGUGAUAGUAGCAGCUGCAAUGGUGGUGUCAUGAUGCAAAUGCACCCACUGCCUUCAACCAUGAGAGAGAGAGAGAGAGAGAGUGAGUGUGUGUGUGUGUGUGUGUGUGUGUGUGUGUGUGUGUGAGAGAGAGAGAGAGAGAGAGAGAGAGACAUGGCUGGAGUCACAUUACUGACAGGACAAUGACAUUACAAGGAAAUUGUGUUAGAGUCAACUUUGCCUUGAUAAUUAUUGUAAACACUGUUCAUUUGUGUUUCUUUUUUAUUCACAAACUAAAUCCAUCCAGGAAUUAUAAAAUUA